AGUCGUCUAUCCAAAACAAGGCUGAUAAAACGACGUCGUCGCACUAGGAAGCAGCUUAUAAUGCAAGUAGGUCAUAGCGAAGCAGAGGGUUUUCAGAAGCUUUUUCCCGCCAACAAUGGCGCCCAAAUCGGAUAACACAGACGCAAUCGUUCUCAGAUUCGUGAAUGAGCAAAAUAAGCCGCUGAAUUCUCAGAAUGUGGCGGAUGCGCUGCAGAAGUUCAACCUUAAGAAGACGGCCAUACAGAAAUCGCUGGACAGUCUUGCUGAUGGGGGGAAGAUUUCGUUUAAGGAGUAUGGGAAGCAGAAGAUAUACCUGGCUCGGCAGGACCAGUUUGAUAUUCCGAACAGUGAGGAGCUUAACCGGAUGAAGGAUGCGAAUACGAAGCUGCAGGAACAGUUGGCUGAGCAAAAGAGGGCAGUUGGCGAGGUCGAGGGAGAGAUUAAAGCAUUGCAAUCGAAUUUGACACUGGAGCAGAUAAAGGAGAAAGACACCAAACUGAGAAAGGAGGUUAAGGAACUGGAAGACAAGCUGGAGAAAUUGCGAGGAGGAGUUACCUUGGUCAAGCCUGAAGACCGCAAGAUUAUUGAGCAGAUGUACUCGGAGAAGAUAAGUCAGUGGAGGAAGCGUAAGAGGAUCUUCAGAGAUCUCUGGGACACUAUUACUGAGAAUUCGUCUAAAGACCUCAAGGAGUUCAAGGAAGAGCUAGGGCUUGAAUAUGAUGAAGAUGUUGGUGUUGAUAUUCAGUCAUUCAGUGACCUGCUGCCAAAGAGUAGCAAGCGGCCUAGAGGCUGGUGAGGUUUUAUGGUUUGAGUUGCGCAUGGUCAUAGGUCGGAAAUGGGAUCCCUGCUUUAUUUAACAAAUGAUAGUAUACUUAUUUAGCUAUGUAUAUUCUGCAUACUCUGGAGAUUAUAAUGUAAGUUUAUGUGUCCGAGUUGGUUAACCCAACUGUUGUUAUAUGCUGAAACAACAUACUGAAACCUCUGAAGAGAUUAGUAUGCUGAAACCAGUUUAAGGGGUUUUCACACAAGCUUGAUCUGUUUCUGUUAUUAAACCUGUUGGUGUUUGUAGUUGUACCAUAGACCUUAACCGCGAUU